UGAUGAAUUUGUGUCUUGAGAAAUUAGUCGUGCUCAAGCUUUCGGGAAUUAACAUUACUGAAGGUUGGGCCGGAUGGAGGUCAUGCCUGAUGAGCAAGGACUUGAAAGUUAUAGAAAUCAAUUCUUACCCAGGCUUAAAAAGGACUCCCGACUUCUCGAAAUGUUUGAAUUUGAAGAGAUUGGUUAUUAAACAGAUUACAAACUUGCUAGUAAUUGAUGGCUCUCUCUCUAAACUAGAGCACUUGAAGCACUUCGAAAUCAUCUUUUGUGAAUCCCCGAAGAGGGAUGGUUGCGAACUUUAUCCGGUGCCUUUUGUAUUAGGUAGUCUAAAAUCAAUGUCAAAGCUAGGAAUGAGAGGGAUGCACCUUCAAGAACUUCAUCAUUCCAUUGGACAAAUGACGCGUCUAGAGUAUUUGUCUUUAGAUUAUUGUUCUUUUCUUAAAACACUUCCAAACUCCAUUGGAGAUCUUAAAAUGUUGAGGUGGAUAAGUCUUAUUGGAACUUCAAUAAAGAAGCUACCAAGAACAAUGGGAAAAUUAGUGUCUCUGCUUGAACUAGAUUUGAGCAUGACGAAAAUCAAAAAAUUACCUACUUCUAUUAGAAAUCUCAAACGGUUGGAGAUUUUAAGUCUAAACAAUUGUGCAAUUAGAGAGCUACCAAAAGCCAUAGGGAUGCUAGAGAAUCUUACAGCUCUAUAUGCUAGCUUCUGUGAAAAUAUGGAGGGAGAAAUUCCAACUGAAAUUGGGGGUCUAUCCUUUUUAACGAAGCUAGGGCUGACAAAGAGCAAGAUUCAGAGGUUGCCCGCAACUAUGAAUAAGCUUUCUCAUCUCCAACAACUUCUUCUGGAUCAAUGUGAUGAACUUAAACAGUUGCCAGAGCUCCCUGUGAGUUUGAAGGAGUUAAAGAUCUCAUCUCAUUUAUUGUGGACAGCUCUUGACCUUUCAUACCUGACUAACUUAGUCGAUCUUCAUAUACGGGGCGACACUCCUAGGUUGUCAGAAUUUAGACAAGGAGUUCCAAAGAUAGAGUGGAUCGAAGGAUUAUCUUAUUUGGAGAGAUUGACACUUGUCAUUGGAGAUGACACAUGUCCUUCGAUUAAUUUGGCUACUCUUUCGCGGCUUCAGAUUCUUGAGAUAACUUGUGUUGACUCGCGAUCUCUAGUCGGGCUUCCAUCCAGUCUUAUAGAAUUGACUCUACGUGAUGUGAAGUCACCCAUGGGAAGGUCAGUCUUUUCCAAUUUGACAAAUCUGUCCCAUUUGUGCCUUCUUAAUUGCCAGUUGAGGGAAGUCGAAUUUGAUGAUGUGCUUGGACAGCAACUGAAGAAACUCCGUAGUUUGUAUUUGAGGGAUACUGCAAUGCUUGAGAGACUUUUGGUAUCGAGAUUAGAGGGCCUCCGAGUGUUGAGUAUGAAUGGUUGCCCUAGGCUAAUGGAGACUCGAGGUCUGGAGAAAUUAGAAUCAUUAGAUUCAUUGGUUUUUUUGGGAUGCGGUUCCUUGAAAGAGUUGCCAGAUUUAUCAAAAUUAAAGAAGCUGUGGCAAUUGGUUGUGCCAAAUCAUCUUCCGGAAAAGUUGUUUUAUCCCCGUCUUCCGGACACGUGGGAAGGCCAGAAUUCAUAUUCUAGAAAGAGAAUAGUUAUCUCCUCCCCUUACACUCGGUAAAAGUUCCUUUGGUUUCUUCUUCCUCUAUAC